GCGGGGCGCAUUCCACUGAGGUAAAAUCAGAGCGCAGUGGGCCAGGUGUUCACACCCCUCAGUUCUCUCCACUUCUAUCAUUAAAGCGGACUUUCCCCGAGUUUUCCUGAGCUCACACUGAGAGCCGAGAGAGGAGAAUGUGACUGAAACAGUUUUAUAUCGAGUCUGGUGGAGUUGUGAAGAGCGAGCUGAAGGAGGAAAGUUGGGCUUUAGUUCACCUGAGGAAAGAUGGAUCGAGUUUCUCAUCGAGAGCUGAAGACUCUGUAAGCUCCCGGAACAGGUGUGACAACGAAUGAAGGGGAGAUGGGGUGCUGCUGGAGAUGGUGCUACCGGACCUGCACCUGCUUCUUAUCUGAGGACGAAAGAAAAUCCAUCGCUAUAGACAAUGAAAUAAGAAGAAUCAUCGAAAAGCAGAAAAAGAAAGAGCGCAGAGAGAUCAAAGUGCUUCUGUUAGGCACUGGAGAAAGUGGGAAAACCACCUUUAUCAAGCAGAUGAGGAUCAUCCAUGGAAAGGGUUACUCAGAGGAGGACAGACGCGCAUUUACUAAACUGGUUUUCCAGAAUAUCUUCACUGCAGUGAAGGCCAUGACGGGGGCCAUGUCUGCCCUCAAGAUCCCCUAUGCCAUCCAGCAGAAUGAGGUGUAUGCACAGUUGGUUCAAGAUGUAAACAUUCUUCAAGUGACACAGCUGGAGCGCAGAUAUGUGGAUGCCAUUCAGCGCCUUUGGGCAGACUCCGGCCUUAAAAUGUGCUACGAACGCCGGCGAGAGUAUCAGCUCCUGGACUCCACGGAAUACUUCCUGACAAACCUGGACCGUAUUGCAGCCUCAGACUACAUCCCCACAGCCCAGGAUGUGCUCCGGGUGCGUUUUCCAACCACCGGCAUUAACGACCACUCCUUUGUGGUGGAGAAUAUCACACUCAGGAUUGUGGACGUGGGGGGACAGAAGUCAGAGAGGCGGAAGUGGAUUCACUGCUUUGAGAAUGUGACGUCGCUCAUCUAUCUGGCCUCCCUCAGCGAGUACGACCAGGUCCUGGAGGAGAACAACCGGGAUAACCGGAUGCAGGAGAGUCUAACACUGUUCUACACCACCAUCCACUCAAACUGGUUCGCCAAUGCCUCCAUCAUCCUCUUCCUCAACAAAAUGGACAUCCUAGCUGAGAAGAUCAAGAAGUCAGACCUGAACCUUUACUUUGCUAGCUUCAGAGGCAAGAAACGGGAUCCGGAGGAUGCUAGGAAUUUUAUUCAUGAAAUGUAUAAAGAACAGGCCAAGAAUGAGGAGAAGCAGAGCAAGAACAUCUACAGUCACUUCACUUGCGCCACAGACACCAACAACAUCCGCAUGGUCUUCAGUGAUGUUAAAGACACGGUGCUGAUCAAGUCUCUGCAGGAGUAUGGAGUGCUGUGACCACCCCAGAACACUGAGGACCUCACCUUUCUGCUGAAGACUGAAGAGAAACAUACCAAGUUCAUCUUUUUCCUGCUAAACAUCCAAUCGUUUUGGGUGAUACAGUUUUGGGUGACAUUGCCUACAAAAUAAAAACAACCUACAGUGGAAAGAAUUUAUGACGCUUUCCUAAAGAGAUUCUUACAUGGGGUUCCAUUUCCUUCAGCCAUGCAACUUUUUUUUUUUUUUUUUUUCGCCUGUGUUAGAGGUUGACACAGGGCAGGAUGAUGGUGAAGGUGGACGUGAUGUGGCUGCUAGAGAGGGAAGAAAGGUCACUGUAGAGGGAAAGCAAAUUCCCUCAGUCGUAACGUUAGAAUGAAGGAAAAUCUUCCCAACAGCUCUGAGAUCUAGAUCUGAGGGAAUAGAACCCAUGCUAGAACUGGGGUAAGCUCCUAAAAGCAUAGGGUUGCUAAUUCUGUUUUAAUUAGUUAUUUAAUUGCUUUUCUUAUUGGUAUUAAAGUCAGAGUGUUUCUGACAAAGUCCUUCAUAUAUUCCAUAGUACAUUAGUGUGGGAUGAUUGUGUUAAAAUUCAAUAUCAUAAUAUAAAUUAAGGUAUCAAGCUAUAUUAACCCAUGCUUUCUGCUACUUCUGAGUGCUGCUACUUCAUGUACAGGAAUAUCUCCUGGUAUACUUUGCUUAUGACUGUUUAGUUCUGUUCUGCUACUCUUAAAACAAAAGCUUAUUUAAAAAAAGAAAAUCACUUUUUGUUAAUAUAUUUCUGUCUACACAGAAAUGAAAAAGUAGUCCUGUAUGGGGUGAUAGUAGAUGUUUAAUUUGUUCCAAAUUACACAGUACUCUCUAUGAAGAAGUCCUUUGCAAGAAAAGCACAUGCCUCCUCUGAUACAGCUCUAUCGAUAUUUCAAACUGCUGCUGAUGCAGCAUUGCUGAGUAGCAUCACAGCGAGCUCGGAGGAAAGCGAAGUGACCAGGUUCCGAUACAUCAGCUCACAGACGCCCUGUGCUGAGUGACAUUACCCUUUAGAGUGAUGAGGGGAGAUAGCGCCAUCUACCCACUCAGAGAGAGCCAGGCCGACUGUGCUCUCUCAGGGCUUCGACAGCUAAUGGCAAACUGCAUGAGCAGGAUUUAAACCGGCGAUCUCCUGAUCAUAGUGGCAGAGCUUUAGACUGCUGGACCACUCUGAGCCCCAGUAAGGAGAGUUUCCAGUAUCGUGCAGCUUUAAUACAAAGGAUAGAAUUAGUGAAUUAAUAGUAAAGUAGUAAAACUUCUCAUUACUGCUAAUGUAAAAUUCCCCUAUAUGUUUGCAAAUGUGUCUUAUACUUAUGAAUUAACAGGCCAGAUUUUUGCUGAACAUUCCAAUUACAAAGGCUUUCAGAAAACACUUGCAGAUCUAGCAGAGUUUUGGCUUGUUAACAAGUAGGAGUGAUUGAUUAUAGGGAGGCCCUGCCCUGUUCAGAUACUGUUGAGUCAUUCUGCAUUGUCUGGGAGGAAUGCUGCGUAUCUGAUCCAGUAGGUUUCUGAAGUUAUGCAGGCUGUUGGUUCACUUUUGCAUUGGUAGGCAGGAGGGAGGGAGGGAACACCCCCCCACACACACACAUACAUCACCUCUAAAGCAUUCCAAAUAUGUGACUUAAGGCCAAAACAUUACUCUAGUCACAUCUGCUGAACUGACACCUACUUCCAUUCCAUUUACAACUAAACACUGUCCUGUCUAUUCAUUCCAUCUUAUUCCUGACCUAUGUUUGCAGUAGAUUUCUCCAGGCCUCAUUAUAUACAUGGGUGCUUCUAAUCAGCUGUUUAUAUGCAGAGUCGAAUAAGCAAAAGACACAUAUAGUUUUAAGCAGAUUUAAGAAAGGAAGUUAAGUUCAGUGUAAUGUACAAAUUCUUAUGUAUUUCAAAUACCAUUUAAAACAUUAUAAUAACAUUACAUCAAGGAAUUGAGGAAGAUCUAAGUGCUCCUUGUAUUGUUGGGCUAACAUGCCUCCAGACCUCCUUACAGCACAUUGUUUAACACAGUUUGUUUCAGACAAAGCUCACCUCAUUUGUUGUCAGAUUAGUUUCAUUUGAAUGUAAUGUAGAAGUGGAUAUGAUUAACAACUGAACCCAACAAAAUUUUUUAUUAGAACUAAAGAACAAUCAUUUACAAAAAAUGUGAAGUUCCAGAAGACUCUGUUCAUUAGCAGCCAAUGUUAUGUGACUUCUGUUAAAAUUAAAUAAUGUAACACUGAAGACAGAACUCUUCAAAAGACCACUAACUCUCCAAACACCUUUAACAUACUAACUCCUUCUUUAACUCCUUCCUUUCCUCAUCUAUCCCACUUUUUCCCUUUGGCCUCAUUUAGGUCCCAUCAAGUUUUUUUUUUGUUUUUUUUUUCUUCUUCUAUGUCCUCUAUUUUGCUAAAUGCAUUAUUUACAUUAUCAAUCAAAAGUCGCUUUGGAUAAAAGCGUCUGCCAAAUGUAAUAUAAUGUAACACGUUUUUGUGAUUACCAGCUGGAACAUCAUCAAAACACACCUUAAUGACAUAUGGUCAUGUUUUUUCAGUUCUGGUCCUAAAGGCCUGGUAUUCUGAGCAGUAUGGUGAAUGUCCUGCUCAGGUUCUUGCAAAGCAAGAACAUGCAUUUUUCAUGGAGUGCUUCAAUAGAUUAUACUACAAGAUUCUACGCCUGAUUUCCCAGUUGCCAUCUGUUUUCCGAGAUCGCUGACAAAAGCUUUGGAACGAAGGCCAAUCAGUGUUCACUUCGGUCCCUCAGACUUUAUAUUUAUUUUUCCUUCAGUGUUUUUGCCAAAAACAAUGUUUUUAGAGAGCAGACAGUACAAACUCAUCUAAUGUUCCUCCAGCUGAAAGUUUGUGUAAUUUAUAACUCAGUGUUGCUGAUCAGUCAAGCUGUAAUUGUACUAUUUACCAAGUAAGCAAAUAAGGAUAAAACAUUUAAGACCCCUUUUAUACCUGGUCACUUCAUGCAUCUUGAGAAUACAGAUUAUAUCUGGAUGAGGCCACUAAUAUACCAGUGAAAAAGCAUGUAAAUGUAUGUGGCAGAUACUAAGUCACAUGAUGUGCACAGGGUUAAAAAGUUUUCUUUUUAACAGGCAACUCAAGAUGGCUUAAUUGUAAAAGCAAAACUAUGCUUAUGAAGGCAAAUUAGGCUACACUCACAUUACAAGCCACAUUGCUCAAAUACAUUUUUUUGAUUGACGGUUCACAUUUACAAAGGGACCUGUAUCUGUGUGUAAUGUGAACAAAUCUGCCCCUGAAACGUCUCACAUUCGCACAUUGAUAUGUAUAAAUGUCACCUAUUUUACCACCAAGAAAACAUCAUAUUUGAGAGACGACUCGUAGCUUUAUGCAUGCGUUAUGAAAGCAGCUCAUAUGUGGAGCAUCUUUUGCUGGAGUGGAGAAACAGCAAACAGCUGGUCUGAAGUACAUGCUCAGGUCGAGAAGGUGAAAAAAGUCCAGGUGGUUUGCUUUUGCUGUUUUUGCAGCUAUAGCUGCACAGCUGCACCAAGAGAUGUGUGGAUAUGAGAGAGAAGCACUUAGCGCAGCGUAAAAACAAAAAGACUCAUGAAUUCUGUUUUGAUCGUUCACAUUCAUGUCGCAUGUCCAUGAUUUAGGACCACAUAUAACAGUGACUUAAAUUUGUGAUUUGGCACGUUCACACAGCCAUGAAAAAAAAACAGAUUUGAGCCACAAUGAGCAAAACAAAUCUGAUUUGAUUUACUUCAGCCUUGUAAUGUGAGCGUAGCCUUUGUGAGGAAUGUGUUGUUUGUAAUUAAGUUGUAUUAUAAAAUUAGUUGAAUAGGUUUUCAAAAUUAAAUACUACAGCUGGUUUAAAGUAAUAGCAGUUUUACUUGAUACAGAUUUUACACUAAGCUAUUCCUUUAAUGAAUCAUUUACCACACUCUAUUUAGGUCUGAAAUUUUUCUGCAUUCACCUACUGUAACUGACAAUACUCCUGUUUAAACACAAGCUGUAUUCUUAAGUCUUAAGAGCUGCUCACGUUUUGAUCACGUUCAUCUCAGCGUUUACUCUUUUAACUCUGGGUGGAAUAUGAAUGAUCAGAUCGUGUUAGAUGAGCACAGGCUACUAUGUGUGUACACAGAGAGGUAGAAAGAGUUUCUACCUCCACUUGAUCAGGGCUGAAUCUGAACAGGUGAUGUUAGCUCUGCAAAAGAUGCAAAAAAAAAAAAAGAGUGAAAUAUGAGUUAUGAGUCAUGCUGCCUUUUCUUUAGUUUAUUGUUAGUCUUUGUUUGUCUUUUGCAGUUGCUUUUCAGAGGGUAGUUGAAUUUUUCAUUGUAUAUUGUUUUUUUAUGUACCACACUUACCUCCCUCUCUCACUCCCUCCCUCUAUAGCUAUUGUCUAUUCUACUACCUUUAGUUAGACAAGCCCACCUAACCACCCACACUUCACCACCGACAUCCAUGUAGGCUCUAUAGGAGAUACACAAUAACAAGACUGGCCUUUUUUCUUUCAGCAGAAAGUUUUUGGUUGUUGGUUUUAAGUUGUUGGACUGACAGAAGUGCGUUCUACUGUAUUUAGCACCAAUAUGUUAUUUUCUGGUGGUUUGUAUUAUGUAUAUGCUUUUCUUGUCAUGAUAUAUGAUGAUGGAAUUUAGGUUCCUUUGUUCUGUAUAAAUAAGCACAUGUAUGUAAUAUAAUAUCAAGUAAUAAAACAC